AAAAUUACGUCAUAGGGCAGCGGUUGCCGUGGAGCCGUUGCUAUAAUCACGUUCGACUCUGACAACGUCUACGUUUGACGGUGUUUUUUGCACGUAUUUUUCAAUUUACUUAUUGUGAAAAUGUUAUGUAUUUCUCAAAUGCGAGCUAUGAAGACCAAAACAAGGAGGGUUUCUACCCUGGGACGGCCUAGUGUCUGGGCAGUCAUGAAACAGAGGGUGCGGAGUCUGUUUUGCGCUGGUAAAAGUCCCACCAUCUCAAUCAGCACUGCCGCCAAUGAAUCCCUCCACGUACAAGGAAUGAAUGGAGGAAAUGGAUCGCUCCGUACUCCAGAUCUCCUCCGGGACAUAGCUGAUGUUUCUCUUCAGAUUUCUUUGGAUACCAUUGAAAGUCUGAAACCUGGAUUUUUGUCAUCGGCUACCAUUGACGAUGAUCUGAAAAACAUCAAGGAAUGCUCUCCUGCUGACAUCGAGUUUGAUAGAGACUCUCGCGGGAGGCUGGUUGAAAUAGGCAGCGGUGGCUUUGGCACCGUCUUCCUUGCCACUCACCGGCCCACUGGCGACGUCGUGGCCGUGAAGAUGUUCAAGAGGAAAUACUCCUCCGACCAGAGAAUUCGCCGCGAGGCAGCCGUCCUGGGCCACCUUGCCGGCACAAAGCUUUGCCCUGAGUUCUACGGGUUGGUCGACUACGGGGCGGACGGCGGCGUUGCAGAGGGCAGAUUUGCCCACCUGGCUGUAGUCACGGAACUGGUUCGCUUCAGGAAGAGCACUUUGCAGUGCUUCGACUUGAAGAAGUUCUCGCAGACUUACUUUGCUCGCCGGGGACUGACGUCACAAGACUGGCUGAACUUCAGCCUGGAACUUGUGGAAGGGGUGCAGGAGAUACACGAGAAAGGAGUCGGUGUCUUUGAUCUCAAGUACGAGAACAUCAUGGUGACACGCGACCGUCAGGGUGCCAUUCACCCUCGCAUCGUGGACUUUGGAGCCGCGUGCGCCCUCAACGGCGACAAGCCCAUGAUGCCACCAGAGAGGUUCUCUUUAGAAACCCUGAGAGCUCUCCGCCACGAUAGCGUCCAUCUGGCGCCUGAAAUCUUCGAACAUGGCGUCUCUUCAGCAGCCUGGGAUGUGUAUAGUUUAGGCCACGUGCUGCAGGCGCUGGCGGAGGGAGAGAAGAUGGAGGAUUUGAAAGUUUUGAUGGGACAGUGCGUAGCAGACGAUCCUGCUCUGCGGCCAUCUUUGACCCUCCUUCUGCAGGAAAUGAGCGCGCUUUCAAACGCAGAUAUGGUGUAGACUGUGACUCUGUAUAUAGCUUAAGACCUGAUUGGAAUGUACAAAGUAUUACAUCUGAUGUUAUAAGACUUAUUUUAAACCACAAGGGCUAACCUUAUCCAGGCAUAUUGCUUCAGAUUAUACAGCGAAAACGCGUAUGCGUAGAGUACAUUCCUUUGUACAUUGUACAUACAAGCUGAAUAUCUCAUGAGUUCUGAUCACUUUUUCUUGUAAAUAUAUCAAUGUGUGUGUG